AUGUCCAGCUCGCCCACCGACUCGGGCACGCCCGCGCCCAACAUCGCUCCGGCGACGCAAGUCGUCCCCUCGAUCGGCCUCGACGGCAAGCCCACGACCAAGCCGUCACCGUCGUCCAACAAUGGCGGCGACACGUUCCCAACCGCCGCCGCCGUCCUCGUCGCCAUCGUCGCCGCCGUUGUCGUCGCUUGGGUCGCCUACAAGCUGUACCGCUGGCGCAACCGGAGCUGGCGACGCUCUCACGUCGACGACGAGCCGCCAAUGCCCGACGAGAACCUGUACGGCCUCGCCAAGAGCCCGAUCGGCGGCACGUUCGCGACGCUCCCGAGCCAGAUGAGCCUCGCCUUCAACGGCGGCGGUCCCGGCGGCGUCGACAGCAUGGGUCGACGGUCGGUCAGCGGCAUGGGUACGCUGGCCCGCAGUCGGCAGGCGAGCUGGGGCGGCGAGUCGUGGGGCGGGUUUGAGAAGGGCAGCGACAUCUCGCCCUCGCCGCCGUACGCGGGCACGCCGAUCUCUCCCGGCACGCCGCCCAGUCGCGAGGACGACCUGUUGGGCUCGUUCAACGGCUCGCGCGCGUCUCUCGGCGGCCUCCCGACCUCGUCGUCGUCGCGCGCCUCGUUCGGCGGCGGGCCCGCACCGGGCAUGCCGCGCCGGUCGUUCUACUCGUCGUCGGCCGUCGCAUCGACGCUGCACAACUCGCGCACCAACUCGACCUUCUCGUCGUCGAUCCCGCACGCGAGCAACGCGCGCGACUUCCCGUCGGGCAACCGCAUCGUCGGCGCGCCGCACAACCCGGCCUCGCGCAUCGAGGUCGUCCCGCCGAGCCCGCUCGCGCCGCCGCCCGGGUCGGUCAUUGCGACCGACCGCACCACGCUCGACUUUGCGCCGAGCAGCGGCAUCGGCCGAGGCGGGCCCGCGCACGGGAUCGGCGCCGAGGGCUGGUUCGCCCAAGACGAGCAGGAGCACCUCGCGCCCGAGUUUGACGCGAGCUACGGCGCGCGCUCGACGCAGGCGCAGGAGCCUCGGCAGCCGCACCACCACGCGUUCCCGCCGUCGGCGUCAUCGUCGGGCGGGUCCUCGCGCGGCUCGUCGUCCGUCCCUCGCGCAGCGCAGCGCGCCAAGCGCGCCUCGAACGCCAACCUGCGCACCGAGGCGAGCGCAAACUCGAGCGACUCGAACCUGUCGUCGGCCUCGGUCGGCUCGUUCCCGCCGCACGCCCACUCGGCCCUCCCGCCGCCCGUCGGCGCGGCGUCGUCGAGCUCGCGCAUCCACCCGCAGCUCGCCGUCCGGACGUCCAACCUCGGUCUGCGCGAGACGGCCGAGCCGAGGAGCCCGUUGGAGAAGCUGCAGAUGAGGGCCGAGCGGGAGGCCAAGGGCUUGAGCCAGAGGAGCGAGGAGCUGCAGCAGGGUGCGGUCCAGCCCGGCUCGGACGUGCAGCAGGCGCCGCUCUGA